AUGGCCUCAAAUAGUAUUCAUUGUGAAGUGGUUGCAUGCAAUUUGAACCGACCAACAUCAAUACAAAUAGAUGAAGAACGUAAUAUUCUUUAUGUUCUCACAAACUAUCGAUUAACACGAAUCGAUUUGAACAAUAAUAAUAAUAAUAAUGUAGAGAUUGUUCGUCAACAUAAUAGAAAAUUUCAAAAAGAUAAUAUCGAUGAUGAUGAUGAUGAUGACGAAUAUUCUCAAGGUGAGUCUGAUGAUGAACGUGACACACCUCGUGUAUCGAAUCCAUUUGAUGAUAGUGAACCAUCAACAGAUGAUGAUGAAGAAAGAAUAACCGAUCGAAGAAAUUGGCGUAGAUAUGGAUGGAGAAAUUAUCGAUUAGAUAAUCCUACUUCAAUAUUAUUUUUGUCAGAAAAUAAUCAAUUAAUUAUAUUGAACGAAGGUGUUAUUACAUUUUUAACAAUUGAACUUAAUGAUGAUCAUCCAUUUGUUAGAGAAGCAUCAAAAAAUAUUUUUUGUUAUGAUUAUAAUGUAUUCAAUAAUGGUUCAAAAAGACAAUCAAUUCAACCAUGGUCUAUUUCAUCAACAUCAAUACCUAAUUUUUUUGUUUUUAGCUUACUUGAAAGUUCACAACUUUAUUCACUUGAUAUGCAAAAUGAAACUAUUUCUAUAGAAAAAUUCGCUACAACAUCGAUUGAAUAUUGUCCGUGCUUAAUUUUUCAUUCACAAUUAAACAAAAUAUUUGUUUAUGAUUCAAAUCAAAUCUUUGCUAUGUCACUUGAUGAUAAAAGUACAAUAAAAGUAAAUUUACCAUUUACGGAACAAGGAAAAACAAUAUCAACAAUGACUAUUGAUAAAACUGGAUAUAUUUAUGUAUUAUCGAAUUCAACAAUUUUCAAAUGUAUCUGGCAAUUAGAAUUUCAACUAAUUGAAUGUCUUGGCAAACUUGUUGUCUUAAUAAACUAUCCUCAAAUGAUUGUUACAAAUCAAAAAUAUCAAUUCUAUUUAUCUGAUAUGGAAGCUGCUUCUAUUUAUCGAUCAACAGUAUAA